AUGUCCCGUAAAGUCACGGAACAGGAAAAAGAAGCCAUCAGAGAAUGGAUUGAAAAAGUUACUGGAGAGAAAUACUCAAAACCCAACGAUCCCUAUGUUUCCUUGAAAGAUGGAGUUUUAUUAUGUGGUUUAAUUUCAGCUCUUCGAUGUACCAAAAUGCCAACUUACAACAAGGAAACCAAAGGUGUCAUGUUCAAAGAAAUGGAAAAUAUUGCCUAUUUCAUGCAACAAGUUCAAAAAGUUGGAAUCAAACUUGAAUGGACACUCAAAGCUCUACACAAGAAUACUGAUAUGAAUGCAGUUCUGUUAUCUAUUAUUGAACUGUCGAAUCAUGUGAAAGCCAAUAACACCGAAGGAUAUAAGGGACCAUUUUUGGAAUUAUCCACGAGUUCUGAAAACAAUAAUAGCAGUGGCAACAGUACGAAUAGUCAAUCUUCCAUGGAGGCUGCAUCCACCACAAAAGUGACAUCCAACAUUGUAUCCUCUCCAACCGUUGUGAAAAAAUCUGCAACCAUCAAUUCUGAAUCUUCCGAGUCUCCAAUUUCAUCAUCGGGAGCAACUUCGAGAAUUCGAAGAUUAUUUGGAGGAGGAAACAAACAAGAGGAAAAGACAGAUCCUUCUCCUCCUUCUUCAGUGACUUCCACAAUCAAAUCAACAACAGGUACUGCAACAACAACCUCUCCAAGGGUGACAUCCGCAUUGAGAAAGGAUGAUAAAUCAUCUUCAUCAACAACCUCUCCAACAACACCUGUCAAAAGUAGUAACACUGGUGUGAAUUCGAGCUCAAAUUUACCAAAAACAUCAUCCUCUUCAUCAUUGUCCAAUUCCAACAGUUCUCCAUCUUUACUUUCAAAAAUUUCAUCUUCCGAUUCAUUGAAUUCAUCGUCACCUUCAAGAAAAUCUUCUUCUGUUUCUCCAUCAGAGGAUGGUUCAGAUGAUGAUGAUGACGAAGUUAUCGAAGAAGAAGUUUUGGUUCAGAUUUCAAAAUUGAAGGAAAAUAUUGAAAAUCCAACACCAGAGUAUUUGAGAUCUUUAAAUCAAAAAUUGGAGGGUAAAACCUUGAAAUGGUGUAACAAAUUUGAGAAUGAGAAGGGAUCUUUCUAUUUGGGAGAAAUUAUUUUACAAGCCAACAAACCCUUCAAAGGAGCUAAUGAAAAAAGUAUUCAAGAGCAAGCUUUGAAUUGUUGUAGUACUUUGAUCGAUAUUGGAGCUCUUAAUGGUUUUAUCAAAUACCCAUCGACUGUGAAUGCGAUUGCCAGACUUUUGAACAAUAAGGAAUCCAUCAAGACAAGAAUGACAGCUUUAGAGGCUCUUACCUUAAUUUGUACUUCUAGUGAACUUGGAUUUUGGGCAGUAUUGGAGGCAUUGAAUCAAUACAAACUUGAAUAUAAGGAAAUGAAGAGAUUUUCAGAUCUAGUUGAUGCGUUGAAGAAUGAAAAGGAUGAAAAACUUAAAGCAUUUAUUUUGGCACUUUUUAACUCGUUGAUCAAUUCUCCUCAAGACACUUCGAUUAGAAUGUUAUUGAGAAAUGAGUUAAAAUCUCUUGGAUUGGAUGAAAUAGUCACAAAACUCCAAAAAGAUGCUGAUAAUGAUUUAAUUAAGGAUCAAAACCUGAAACAUCAAAUAAGAUCUUUUGAGGAAGAAAUGAUGAGUGGAUUCAUCGAUGACGAUGAAGAAGAGGAAGCUAGCGUCGACAACUUGAAUGUGAAAUCACUUACUGAUCCACUUCAAAUUUCCAAAUUAUUAUUAAUUCGCUUAGGUGGUAGUAGUGUUGGUUUCACACAUUACAGAAAUAUUUUGAGACAUUUACUCGAUUAUACACAAGCAUUCCUCAAAGACUCUUCAGAAAAUUCAGCCAAGAAUGAAAAGACACUUUUGGACAGUUGGAAGAGUAUUGAUAACAUGUUGUAUCAAUUGACUCAUGAUUCCAUGUUUUCUGCCAAGAUGGACCCCAUUCCUGAUGUUCUCAAAUCUGAAAAGAUGGCCAAAAUUCUUCUCCAAAAGAGUAAGAAAAAGUGUGACGAUUUAACCAUCGAGUUGGAAAACCUAAGGAAGGGAGGAGGAAGUAAAUUGGAUCCAUCUCUCAAAUCUUCAUUCGAAGAAUUAGAACGACAAAAUAAGGAUUUGCUAAAAGCCAUUCAAGACCGAGAUUUACUGAUUGAACAAUUGAAGAGAAAUGGUGCAGUGGUAGGACCAACAAUGGAUGCUUCAAGUGGUGGCACCGAUUCAUCCUCAGUUCCACCACCACCUCCUGGAAUGGGUAUUCCUCCUCCACCACCAGGUAUGGGUGGUAUUCCUCCUCCUCCUGGCAUGGGCGUUCCUCCUCCACCUGGAGGAUUGGCCAUCUCCAAACCUCCCGAAGUGAAAUUACCUGAAUUACCCAAACGUGUACCCAAGAAGAAUGUGAAAAACUUUUAUGGAGAUGCCAUCAAGAAACAAAAAGUUGUGAAUACCAUUUGGAUUAAGGACGGUCUAGCUGAGAAGACUAAGGAAGUGGACUUGAAUAUCAAUGAAUUGGAAGAACUCUUCUCCAAUGUUCCAAAAGAAAAGAAGGAAGAGAAAAAGGAACGUAAAAAGAAAGAUUGUGUCAGUUUUAUUGAUCCACAAAAAUCCAACAACUUGUCCAUCAUUUUGGGUUAUUUACGUCUCGAGUAUUCCGAAAUUAAGAGAGCCAUCUUGGAAAUGGAUGAAGAAGUACUCUCGCAACAAAAUAUUGAAUCACUCAAAGAUAAGACUCCAACCGAUGAAGAAAUUCAAGCCAUAUUGGCCUAUGAUGGAGAUGCAGAUUUAUUGGCAGUUUCUGAUAAAUUCUAUUUGGCCAUUAAGGACGUUCCUCGAUUACAGAGUCGAUUGAAUUUUUGGUCCUUUAAGUAUAAGUUUGAAAAUACCAUUCCCGAGAUUAUUCCAGACCUAGAAACCUUACACUAUGCCUCUCAAGAAAUCCUUCGCAGCAAGAAAUUCAAAGAUUUACUCACCAUUGUUUUAGCCAUGGCCAAUUUUUUGAAUGCCAACUCCUCCAAGAAAGAUGCCUAUGGUUUCACAUUGGCAAGUUUAAACAAACUCAAAGAAACCAAAGCCAUUGAUGGCAAAACCACUCUCCUCCAAUACAUUGGUAUUCACUGUAUGGCCAAGAAUCAAGACGUGUUAAAGAUUCGAGAAGAUUUCGGUAAUUUAGCAGACGCCAUUCGAAUUUCCUUACCCGACGUGAAUGCUGAAAUCACAAAACUUCGAGAAGGCGUUUCAGCUCUCGAGAAGGAAUUACAACUCCCCGACUGGAAGAACAAACAAUCGGACAAGUUCUAUCGAACCAUGACUGAGUUUUUGAAAGUGGCCAAGAAUGAUAUGCAUGUCGUGAGUGUCAUUUCAGCCAAACUUGAACAAUCUCUAAAAACCAUCUGUGAACAAUUUGCUGAGGAUGAAAAAGUAGUGUGUAAGAAUCCAACGGAUUUCUUUGGGCAAGUCUUUUCCUUCUUGGAUGCAUUCAUGACUGGCUUUGAGGAAUAUAUUCGACAAAAGAUUGCAGAACGAAAGAAGAGACAAAAGAAGGAGCGUCAACGACAAUUGCAACGACAGCAACAACAACAAAUGUUGGAAGAAAAGCAGAAUCGACUCAAACAACAAACAGGAGGAGAGGAUUCCUCUUCAACAACAACAACAGCUGCAUCAUCCGAUCAGGAUGAGAAUAGGGCCAACACUGCCCGACAUAGAGCCAUGAGAGAACGAAAACAAAGUAUUAUGAGUGGACAAGCCUUUAAGGAUCGAAGAGAGAAUCGAAUCAUGAUGAAACCCAAUCAACAACAACAACAACCUCCUCCUCAGGAAAAUGCUCUUCCUUUUACUGUCAAUCUCAGAAAGACGACUCCAAAAGAAGAACAAUAA